UACAAAGUUUUAUUAAAAAUGUCAUGUAAAAGUGUAGUAAAUAGUAACACUGUUACCAAAAAGUGUGGAGAAAUUAUAAUCACAAUGAAGAAGAAUGCUAAAAAUGUGUAUUCAUUUAAUUGUUGGUUUUGUGACACCAUUUGCAUACAAAUGAAAAAGUUCACAUUGCAUCUUGAACAGGAGCAUGUUACCCAGUUGGAACAAACAGCGUCUAAUAUUUCUGAGCUUAGUAAUGAAGAUAAUUUUCAUCAUAAGACAUAUAUUGGAAAAGAACCUGUGGUCGAUAAUAUAUUAGUUGGAGAAAUUAAAAUUGAAGAUUGUUCCAAUGAUGACAUUAAAUCUGAAGCGUGUGAGGAUAGUUCACAAAUUCUAACGAGAUUUAGUAAGGAUGAAUUGACACCAAAAUUUCAAGACCCUCUAGAAACCUUUGAAGUCAAUACUUUGGCUGUUCCACUAAAAACUGAUAAAUUAAUGCACCAUGAAAAUGAACAUCCAACUGAGGAUGUUGAAAUGUUUAACUUUUCAGAAGACGAACACCGUGAAGAUCUUUCAGAUUUAAGUGGUGAAGAUAAUUCUUAUGAUAGCGAUUUUAAAAUUGAGUAUAGUGCUGAUGAAAAAUUAUUGAAACCUGUUAAACAAAGUACAAAAGCUAAAGAAAAAAAAUUAAUUUUAGCACUUAUUGAAGAGUAUUAUAAAAAGCCACAACUUUGGAGUACUCCGCUUACGGAAAGUUGUAAUAUUAAACAAAAAGAGGAUCUAUGGCAAAGUAUAACCGAUGGGUUGAAUGCAAAACUGAAAAUGAAAUUAAAACUACACAUGGUUAAGAAGAAAUUCAACUUUAUAUGCAAGCAAUAUGAGAAGGAAAUUGAAAGACAAAUGAAUGUAAAUGAAAAGAACAAUGAGACAGAUAAUUCAGAUUUAUGGUUUUAUGAGAAUAUGAGUUUUCUGAAAUCUACAAUUGAAAGUAAAUUUAAAUUUAAAUUGAAAAGGAGAAAACCAAGUAAUAAAGUGAAACCCUUAAAUGAUAAUAUUUUAUGCGAUUUAAUUGAUAUUUACAAGAGCUACAAUAGCUUAUGGGAUGUGAAUCAUUUAGCCUAUACCGUUAAGGACAAACGUCAUGAAACAAUGCAGUCUAUGUUAGAAGACAUUAAGAUGAAAAUGGAUAUUCCAUUGGAUAUAUACAAAUUGGAAAAACAAUUAAAUUAUAUACACAAAUCAUUUGCUAAGGAUAAACAACUAAGAUUGGAUUGUGAAAUUAAACAACAGGAUUUUCAACCCUCGUGUUCCUACUUUAAUAAAUGUGACUUUUUAGAAACACACCAAGGUCCAUUUAGAUGUCCCAACUGCAAUGACAUCAUUGAAACCUAUAACGACUUUCAAAUACACAAAUCUCAACAUGAUGGCUCGAUACCGUUUAAAUGUCAGGAAUGUGGCAUGGGUUUCAAAAGAAUCACCAACUACACUAUCCAUGCUAAACGACAUUUGCGUGUCUUUAAAUUUCAUUGCGAAAUCUGUGGCAAAGGUUAUCCAUUUAAUGCUGAACUAGACCUUCAUAUGCGUUCUCACACCGGGGCACAACCUUAUUUGUGUUCGGUAUGUGGCGAAGGAUUUCGCACUGCCAUUAGUUAUGAUAAUCAUAUACGACGACAUGAGGAACGAUUUAAAUAUUUUUGCCAUAUAUGUAAGAAGGGCUUUAAUCAUAUGACACGUCUAAAUGACCAUGUUAAAGCUCACCUUAAUGUUCGUGAUGUAAUAUGUACGGUGUGUGGCAAGGGAUUUACUAGCCGCAAAUAUUUAAAUCAUCAUAAGCGUAUACAUGAGGGUAAAAACUAUAGCUGUAACAUUUGUGGGAAAAGCUUUGCUCAGGAUGCCGGCCUAAGAGCGCAUAAAAAAUAUCAUGGAACUCCGAUUGGUAUUAGUAGCAUUCAAAAAGAACAAAAUAAAUAUAAGUCAUUAUAAACAUCAAAUUUUAAUAUAGUUUAAGGAAAUACUAAAAUAAAAAUUUAUUUAAAUAUUUAUUUAAAAAA